AUGAUUUCCCCGGCACCGGCGUCAGUUGGCCAAGAGACCAACAACGGGGCCACUCCAGGCACAACCCCCAGCCAUCCGUCGAACAUGAACGUUGAUGGCACUACGAAUGCCUUGUCUGUCAACACUGGCUCCGGACAGCUCCCAGAGCGCUCACCUUCACGGUCUAGUGUUCGUGCCAAUGCAUCCCAUCGCCAGAGCUUUGUGGAAAACCUGCGAAACCCACCUCCAUCUCCCCGCUCUCUCCGCCACCUUUCCUUCACACAUCAAGCGGUCCAGGACCUGGUCAACCACCCACCACCACAGCGUAUGGCCAAUCCGCGCUUUGCCGGCCGUGACUGGCAGGACGUCUCGCUGGGUGAGCUGAUCUCCGACCACGAGGUGAAAUGGGCCGAGCUUGACACUACUGUCGAGGAUUGCACAAAGACAGCCGUGGCCACGUUCGACCACAGAGAUCUCAAUGCCUACCUGCUCGUCGUCAUCGGCCGGGCCAAACCAGAGCCAACAGAGGUCGAGGUGUACAGAAGCGUUGCCGAACGUGCAUAUGGCCGCGUCGGCAUCCCCGUCCGCGACAUACAGCCUAUCUGCCACAAAGACCCCAUCACAACUUUGCUUCUGACACAGAAUCUUGCCGCAGCGAUUGAGCUCUUUGGGAGCGGGGUGCGUCGUAUUCUCGUCACUGACCCGACAUCAUCCGAAGCCGUCGGUAUCCUCAGCCCGCUUCGCCUGUUGGAGUUCUUCUGGAUUGAGAGCGUCAAUUUUCCCUCAAUCGAUCGACUGUACCCAAUGAUACUGCGUGACCUGCGCAUCGGCUCACAGGAUAUAAUUUCCAUCAAUGCCGAUCGUCCUCUUGCGGAUGCCCUCACGCUGAUGAACGACGAAGGCCUGACAUCGGUGGCGGUAGUCGACAACGGACAGAACGUCGUGGGCAACAUCUCCACGACUGAUAUCGAGCAUCUGACCUCUGUGGCUAGUUUUCCGCUCCUGCACUCGUCUUGCAUGCAUUUUAUUUCAGUCAUCUUGUCAGAGCGCGGCGUCGAAGAGGGCCAAGACUCGUUCCCCGUCUUUUCCGUUAACCCGCACACGACCCUUGCCCACACGGUAGCCAAGUUGGUGGCGACGCGGUCGCAUCGCAUGUGGAUUGUCGACGUGCCCUCGCCAUCAGCUUCAGCACCACAGACCCCGCUUCUGACACCCGUGACCACUGGCCCUGUUUCCGGCUCCAGCUUCAUCUCCCCGCCGUCCCAUCAAAGGAGCAGUAGCAACGCUUCGGCGUCUGCAGCUGCGGCUAGUGCAGCUAUUGGCUGCAGUGCCAGCCAUAGCGAUGGCAUAUUGAUCAGCAUGACGAACAGCACGAGGACCUCCGGCUCGGCUCGCGAACCUUCGAAUUUUGUGCCCGAUCUAAGCGCUACGGGCUCAAGCAACGGCGCACAUGUGUAUGGAUCUGUGCCGGCUGCUGCAAUGCCUGGUGCCCACCUCUCUGGUCGGCUGGCGGGAGUCGUGUCGCUCACCGAUAUCCUCAAUCUGUUCGCCAAGACGUCGGGUCUCCGACCGGGGGACCUCUCUGAUAUCCGAGCACGGCGACGGCGCAGCAGUAGUACGUCCUAA